AUGGAGGAUCGGCAACCGCAGACCAGUCCGCCUUCACAACCCAACUCUCAGCCCGGCAGCAUGUCCCGGUCCAACGAUGCCACCACAGCUGCUCUUAACGGCUCACCACCAGUCCCACACUCAACGUCGAAAACCGCAAGCACAACCACCAACAUAGCCCCAGGCCACGAAGCCAGCUUCGUUAGUCCCGCUACUUUUCUACAACCAAUACCCAGCGGUAGACCCAGAGCAUCGAGUCGGCCCGUCACGCCGGCCAAGGCCGCGGACAAGCGAGACGAGGCACCACCCAAGAUCAAGCGGCAGAUCGAUCGCGAUGAGGAGCUAGGCUUGAAGAAGAUACGGGAUUUUCUGCGUGCGAGGACGGCAUAUGAUGUGCUGCCGCUAAGUUUCCGGCUGAUUGAGCUGGACGUCAGUCUGACGGUCAAGGAGAGCCUGCAAAUUUUGGUGCAGUGCGGCAUUGUUUCUGCACCACUGUGGGACUCUUCAACUUCGACUUAUGCCGGGCUGCUGACCGUCAACGACUACCUCAAUGUGGUUCAGUACUACAAUCUGAACGUAGAUAAGUUGAAGGAUGUGGACAAUCUGCUGCUGAGCGACCUUAGAGAGGUCGAGCGCGUCCUCGGCACCCGCCCACCCGAAACAAUCAGCGUGACCCCCGAGGCCAUCCUCUACGACGCACUGCGCAAACAACUCGUCUCUCGUGCCCGUCGUAUACCCCUGGUCAGCUACGACUCCGACACCCAGCGCACCAUGGUCACCUCCGUGAUCACACAGUACCGCAUUCUGAAGUUCAUCGCCAUGAACGUCCGCGACUAUCAUCUACUACGCAAGCCGCUUCGGACGCUGAAGAUUGGCACGUACGACAACAUUGUGCGAUGCAGUCUGGAUAGCACGGUAUUGGAUGUCAUUGAUGAAAUGGUCACACGAAAUAUUUCGAGUGUGCCGGUCGUGACUUAUGAUGGCGUGCUCAUCAACGUUUUCGAAGCAGUAGACGUUAUCGACGUGCUGAAAUCAGGCGAUUACGGCAACCUCACCUGGACGGUCGGCAAAGCCCUUUCCGCGCGAGCAGCUUCCCAUCCAGGCAUCUACACGUGCAGCGACGAGGACGGACUGGAUACUAUCCUGGACACGAUACGCAAGUCGAGGGUACAUCGCUUAAGUAUUGUGGAUGAGCAGGGGUAUUUGGUCGGUGUGCUGAGUCUCAGUGAUAUCCUACAGUAUAUCUUGGUGGGCGGGGACGAAGGUGAUGGCAACCUGAGCAAUGGGCAGGAGGUUUCGACUACUUCCGCCUGA